AUGUCUUUCUUCCCGUCCUUGUCCACCACGCUGCGCAGUGUGUUUGCCAGUGUGACACUCGUCUCUGCAGCAGCUCUACCGGACAAUGUCAUCGAAAAAGAUGUUGUCGUCCUGGGAGGAGGCGCGUCCGGCGCGCAUGCUGCCGUCAGACUACGUGAAGAUUACGGCAAAAGUGUCAUUGUUGUCGAAAAGAAGGCCCAAUUGGGAGGACAUGUUGCGACCUACAUCGACCCGGACACCGAGGUGCCAUACGAUUUUGGUGUGAACUCUUACACAGAGUAUCCCGGCGCAGAAGACUUCUUCGCUCGUUUCAACGUCUCGUUGAGUCCUCCUACUCGCGUACCUCUCACAACCACCUAUGCCGACUUCAACUCUGGCGAGAUCCAAGGCGGAUACGUCCUUCCUGCCGCUGCCGAUACAACUGCGGCUCUCCGAAAGUACCUUGAGGUCUGCGGAAAAGCUUUUGGUGCUCCGAUCGCCCGAAGCUUCGUCGGCCUCGCGGGCUCAUGGGUUCCUAGUUCUCGCCGGAACCAGGAGCUCUAUGAUAACAUUGCUGCGCUUCUGGACGAUGACGUACUGUACUCGAGCACCGUUGUCGAGUCCCAACGUACCGAUGACGGCGUGACGUUGCGUGUGCGGACCCGUGGCUCGUCGCGCGACACGGUGAUCCGCGCAAAGCGUCUGCUCAUCUCUUUCGAGCCGACUAUCGCCAACCUUCGCGGCAUCGAAAUUGACGAAGAGGAGCGCGGCGUCUUCUCUGAGUGGGAGUGGUCAACUGUCUACGUCGGCAUCGCGAAGCACUCAUCCCUUCCCGUCAGCGGCUCUCUGACCAACACGCCUGCAGCCGCAGUUCCAAACCACUGGCUCGAGCUGCCUGUGAAUCCCUUUGUCGGUCGCUUUGACUACAUGGGCGGCGAAAACUUCCGCGUUCUAGUCACCGGUGAAGCCUCAACCGACAGCUGUGAGGCGCAGCGCAUGGUCAAGCGCGCCUUUCGGACGCUUGCUGAGGCCGAGACCAUCCCAGCGAUCGGUAACCAGACCCUGCAGUUUGCGGCAUGGUCUGACCAUGGCGCCAUGCACCUCCAUGUCGCAUCUGAUACGCUGCGGGACGGAUUCAUCACCAGGAAGUACGGUUUGCAAGGCCGUUCAUCCACUUUCUACACAGGUGGUGCCUGGUCUGCGCAAUUCACGACCAUUCUCUGGGAGUACAACAAUCAGUAUCUGCUCCCCAAGCUGGUUGCCAGCCUUGAGUGA